AUGAAUAGAGGAGCAUGCAGGAAACUGCGACUUGGGCAGCAGUAUCCCUUUGUGGGUAUUGGUUGUGUAGUCGACAGAGACAACUAUGGCAAUGCAGUUGUGUCGGAGUUGAUACAGGGCGGCCCUGCGGCGCUGAGUGGGCAGAUCAAUGCGGGUGACAUCAUCACAAGCAUUGAUGGGCAGGCGGUGGCCUCGAUCAGGCCCGACAACCUUCCCAACUGGAUGCUGGGAGAGUCUGGAACCAUGAUCAGUCUUGGUAUCAAGAGCUUCAACUCGUCUCACUCGCGCAUAGUCAAGUUGAUCAGACAGCCCAUUCAGGAAUCCGGAAGGUCCUUCGCCUCUUUCAACCAGAAUCUCGUCGGCAUCGGGGCUGUCCUUGCAUCGGACAUCUACGGCAACCUGGUCGUCGCUCGGCUUCUCUAUGGGGGUGCAGCAGCGUAUUGCAAGCCCAACGAUCUGUUUGGAGAAGACAAGCUGAAGAAAAACGACAUUGUGGUCGCGAUUGAUGGAAGAGACGUGCGAGGACUGCAGCCCAUCGAUGUCCGCCCGAUGCUGCUGGGUCCGGUGGGGACGAAUGUCACGCUCCUGAUCAAGAGGGCCAAGUAUGAGCAGGCAGUGGAGAUUGUGUUGCGAAGGCGCCCGCAGGUGAUGCAGACUGAGGUGGUUCCGGUGAUAGCGAACCAAGAGACUCUGAGGAAAUCUGUCGCAAACAUCCCGCACUCCCCCCCAAGGAAAGCUCAAGCUGUCGUUCCCAAGGAGCCUCCUCGCAACAUUCACCCGUUCCCACAACAAGCGGUUGGCGCCCCUGUGCCGGAUCAGCAGUUUCAGGUCAUGCAGGAAGUCCCUCGGAUGGAAGCGUUUGAGGAUCAGCGAGGCAAGAUGGUGAAGGUUGGUGUAGGCCUUGUGCUGAGGGAGAGAGCUGAUGGGAGCCAUACGGUCAAACGUCUCAAGCCAGGACAAGCAGCUGCACAUUGCGGUCAGAUCGAGCCUGGAGAUCUCCUGACCCAUGUAGAUUCCCUGGACAUUGCCAAGGGAGCUCCUUCAUCGCUGCUUGCAGAUCUGAUUGCUGGCCCCCAAGGCAGCGUCGUGAACCUCACGUUCGAGAAGCCCGAUGGAAGCAGGAUCAGCAUCAACCUUCUGAGAGGAUCAGCCGAUUAUAUCGCCGAAGUUCUUCGUCGAGAAGCCUCCAAUAAUGGGAGCGUGAAUCAGUCUCCUCGUCUCGACAGUGGCAGGCAGGGGAUGGAAGACAUCCUUGCUGGAGCCGUCGGGGUCAGUUUGUCCCUAGAUGAAGAUUACGAUACUCUCGUCACAUCUCCCGAGCGCUUGCAAAGCUUCAACAUCGAGUUCAAGUCGGAUGUCGCCAACUCACUGACGGUACACCCACGACGCAUCCAGCUUGUCGGCCUGCAGCGCUCGCAAGGGAUCAUCGUUGACCUCAACAUCCUUGUCGACGACGAGGAUCAGCGGACGCCGCAGCAUCUCGCGGCUGAAUUGGCGGCUCAGGUCGCCGACGCCAAGAGUCCGCUCAGGAACGCUAGCAGCACUGGGCUGGUGCGGCGGGCGGAUGUGCAUGUUGGACCCGUCUCUCCUCCCCCUAACGCUGCUGUUGUGUCGUCCCCGAUUGUCAGUCAGAGUAACAUGAAAGGAGUGGGGCUGGUGCUGCGCGAGAACGAGAACCGGCAGCAGGUGGUCCGCCGGCUGCUGCCUGAUCAGGCAGCAGCCCAGAGCGGAAUGAUCCGCGCCGGAGACGUUUUGACGCAUGUCAACGGCAUCCUAGUUCAAGAUGUCCCCGUGUCAAGUCUGAUCCUCGGGCCCGAGGGCACGACCGUCUUCCUACGGUUUGUGAGGCCGGAAGAGGACGGCAUCACCUACGACGUCGAGCUCAUGCGAGGGACCCCACCCCACAUGAACGGGGAAAGUUCGACAAUGGAGAGUGUGAAUGGCCUGAGGAAAGCUAUGGCGCAGAAGGAGGCGAGGACUGGUGAGGGUACCAGCAAGGUCGGGCCCAUGGCGCAGGCGGUCCCGCGAGUGAUAGAGAAGCAGAGCAAUUUCGAAUCCGGAGUGACCAAGGAGGGAGUUCAGAUCACUAUCUCCCUCAAGAGCGACCCGCAACGAUCUUGCGACGUCACGCUGCCUCAGACUUGGCCCGAGUUCCUGACCAUCUCCUCGAAGCUGCUCAACACAGGUGAAGUGACUCGGGUAUUCUCCAUGGAUGGAGUUCCGAUCCUCGGGCUCCAGGACAUCAACGCUGGAGACAGCCUCCUCAUUCACUCGGCAGCGAAGGGACAGUUCGAGUCAUGGUCAUACGGGCUGGUGGUGAAGCGAAGGUACCUCCUGCGGGAGAAGUUGGGAGAGGGAGGGUUAGGAGUUGUCUGGUUAGCGAUGGAUAGCAUAACAGGAUUCGAUGUCAUCCUGAACGAGGAGGGAGAUCAGAACGCGCUGGUAGUUCGCGAUGCGAUACUGAUGGAAAAGGGCGUGGGGGCUGAGAGUGACAGGAGGAGGUUGCGAGAGGAGCGUUUCCUGCGCGAGAUCAGCAUCGUUGAGAACCUCAGGGAUAAGCAUGUCUGUGCAGCACUCGACCACGGGCUGCAGCAAGGAAGGAUGUUUGUCGUGCUCGAAUUCCUGCAGGGCCAGUCGCUUUCAGAGGCUCUCGCUGCUAAGGCUGUUCAGGAGCAGGGAGAGGUGCUGACAGUCCAGCAAGUGCAUCGUCUCGCUAUUGAGCUGCUCCUGGGCCUGGAAAUGGCCCACGAGAAUGGCCUGCAGCACCUCAACGUCAACCCCGCAAACGUCUUCAUCUCCAGCGACGGUGUGAAGCUGCUGGGGCUCGGACUUGCCCUGUGGGAGCCAGAGAUGAUCCGAGACUCCUCCCUCCGCCUUCCGACAAAGGCGAUGCCGCAGUACAUGUCGCCCGAGCAGAUCUCCGGGCACCUGACGGACCAGCGGUCGGACAUCUUCUCUGUUGGGGUUCUCCUCUUCCAGUGCAUAUGCGGCAAGCUUCCCUUCAACGGCUCUGGUUUCGUCCAGAUCGCCGAGUCCAUCACCCAACAUCAGAUCGCAGAUAUCAAAGAGUUCACAAGCUUUCCUGUCAGCCCCGAUCUCAACCUCUGUGUGCUCAAGGCCCUCGCCAAGAACCCCGAGCAGAGGUCUACCCCUAUGCCCGUCAUCGUCUCGCUCAAAGUUACUUGCAGGUACAAGACGGUGAGGGAGAUGCGAGAGGAGCUAGAGCGGAUCGACCUUGAAGCAACCGCGAUGAUGUAG